AGCCAGCGGCGGACUGCGUCAGGUUGGGUUGAGCGGCGUCCCCUUCCCUGCCUGUGUCUGGCGGCGGCUGCGGCUGCGGGGCCGGUGCGGGCGGAGGGGCGCAGCGGAGGGCGGCCCGCUCCCUCGCUCGCUAAGAUGGCGGCGGCGGCGGCGGCGGCCGUGGCGCGGCUGGAGGGCCGGGAGUUCGAGUACCUCAUGAAGAAGCGUUCGGUGACCAUCGGCCGCAACUCCUCGCAGGGCUCGGUGGACGUGAGCAUGGGCCACUCCAGCUUCAUCUCCCGGCGCCACCUGGAGAUCUUCACCGCUGCUCCCCCGCCGCCGCCACCGGCCGGCGCGGACGGGCCGCCGCCUCCGCCUCAGGGGGACCCCGCGGCUGCCACCGGCGGCGGCGGAGGGGACUUCUACCUGCGCUGCCUCGGCAAGAACGGCGUCUUCGUGGACGGCGUGUUCCAGAGGCGGGGGGCGCCGCCGCUGCAGCUGCCCCGAGUCUGUACUUUCAGGUUUCCCAGCACAAACAUCAAGAUAACAUUCACAGCUCUGUCCAAUGAAAAGAGAGAAAAACAGGAGGCCCCGGAGUCCCCAGUGAAGCCUGUGCAACCCCAGAUCUCUCCCUUAACAAUAAACAUUCCAGACAACAUGGCUCACCUGAUCAGCCCUCUCCCUUCUCCCACAGGAACUAUCAGUGCUGCAAAUUCCUGCCCAUCUAGCCCCCGUGGUGCAGGCUCUUCAGGGUACAAAAUGAGUCGUGUAAUACCAUCUGACCUACAUUUAAUGGCUGACAAUUCACAGUCAGAAAAUGACAAGGAAGCAUCAGGUGGAGAUAGCCCAAAGGACGACUCUAAGCCACCUUACUCCUAUGCACAGUUAAUAGUACAAGCAAUUACAAUGGCACCUGAUAAGCAGCUUACACUAAAUGGAAUUUAUACGCACAUAACUAAAAAUUAUCCGUACUACAGGACAGCAGACAAGGGCUGGCAGAAUUCAAUACGUCACAAUCUCUCUCUGAAUCGUUAUUUCAUCAAAGUACCACGUUCCCAGGAAGAACCAGGCAAAGGCUCAUUCUGGAGGAUAGACCCUGCCUCUGAAAGCAAAUUAAUAGAGCAGGCUUUUAGGAAAAGGCGGCCUAGGGGAGUACCUUGCUUUAGAACCCCUCUGGGACCACUCUCUUCUAGAAGUGCCCCAGCUUCUCCUAAUCACUCUGGCGUGUUGUCUGCGCACUCCAGUGGAGUCCAGACCCCCGAGAGUCUGUCCAGGGAAGGAUCUCCAGUCCCAAUGGAACCUGAGCCCAGUGCUAUCCAGCCAAAACUAGCGGUAAUACAAGAAGCGCGAUUUGCACAGAGUGCCCCAGGAUCACCUCUAUCUAGCCAACCAGUUUUAAUUACUGUACAACGGCAGCUACCACAAACUAUUAAACCUGUCACCUACACUGUUGCAACUCCCGUGACAACAUCGACAUCCCAGCAGCCUGUAGUUCAGACAGUUCAUGUUGUCCACCAGAUACCAGCUGUGUCUGUCACAAAUGUGACUGGAUUAGCACCAGCAAACACUUACACUGUAGCUGGACAGGCAGUAGUCACGCAAGCUGCGAUGGUAACCCAGCCCAAGGUAGAACCUCAAGAGAAUGGAGACCACAAGGAAGUAAAAGUUAAAGUGGAGCCUAUACCUGCUAUUAGUCAUGCUACAAUAGGAGCUGCUAGUCGUAUCAUUCAGACAUCUCAGACCACACCCUUACAGACAGUUACUAUAGUGCAACAGGCACCUCUAGGUCAACACCAGCUACCAAUAAAAACUGUAACGCAGAACGGAACGCACAUAGUACCUAUCACCACUGCGAUACAAGGACAGGGCAACGCUGCUGCUGCGAGUCCUUUGCAUAUGUUAGCAACCCAUGCAUCUGCAUCGGCAUCUCUUCCAACAAAGCGCCAGAACGGAGACCAGUCAGAACAGCAGGAACUCAAACGUAUCAAAACAGAAGAUGGAGAGAGCAUAGUCAUAGCUGUUAACGUGGACACCCCAUCUGUGGCAGUGAGUGAUAAAGGCAGCCAGAACUAGAAACUUAGGGGAGUUUUCUUUUCUUUUCUUUUCUUUUUUUUUAAAAAAAAUAAACUCCAUGGUGCCAAAAGGAGACACUUAAAUAUAACACCUAAAAUGUUGGAACAUGUUCUCACGCAGUGGGGAAAGGGGCCCUGUGAUCAGACUUCAACUUUCAGCACUGAAAAUACCCAACACAGGUGGCCUUAAAACUUGGUAAUUUAAAGUCAAACUGCAAACCAUCUUGUUCCAGAGGCUGUGACCCCGCUCCUCCCUGCCCCCUACUGAACUGUGUACACUGAGAAAUACAGUGUUGGGGAGGGCUGCAGCUUUAAAAAAAUCUUUAUCAGAUUAUUUUAAGGACUGAGUAUCUCAGUGUAACGGCAGCAUGAUAAGCGCUUAGUGUGAACUGGUUUCAAACGAUUGUAUAUUCCUCAAAGGGAACAGAGGCAAGGAGCCAUUUCCUACAUCUUGGCAGCUAGCCUUUCAUAAUGACCUACCCGAUGCAGUUGUUGGUAGAUAUGCAGUAUUUUGUUGUUCACAUGUGGAAUUAGAAAUUUAUGAGGUGUAUUUUCAUUUCUUUGCAAAAUAAUGGGGUCUUUGACAUUUCAAAUCACUCCAUUUCUACUCCGGAAACUUUGGAAUCACACAAUACUUUUCAUGUGAAAUUUUGUUUGGUAAAAAACUGAAUGUAGGGUUUUUUUAACCAAUGGAAUGAUUUACUUUUGUCUGUCCUGUUAAAGUUCAGAUAAAGCUACUUUAUUACAUCUGCAAAUUUUCAUAUUUUAGCAGUUGCCUGAUAAAUUUAAUCAAAUUUUAUUACCAUGUGUAGUGAUCAAAUGCUUCUUUGGGCUUGCAUGUAACUGAUUAGAAAUUACAAUGUAAAUGAGCCGUUAACUGACGUAAAGAACUGCUAUGAAUUUGACCAGAGCUGCACUUAUCUGUUUCUCUUUCUGCUACCUUUUGCUGUUUGUUACUUUGUGUUGACUUUGACUGUCCCUGGCAUAUUUUUCCAGUCUAAAGUAAAACAAGAGUCUCGCUUAAUAUUGUGUAUGUUUAAGAUAACAGACUGUUCUUCAUUUAGAAAGAUGAAAUUCUUUAUCACAAGUCCUUUUAAAAAGAGAGUAAAAUUAUCUUGUCAGAGGUAUAUUCGAUAUUUUUAAGCUUAAGCACCCAUCAGUAGAAAUUAAUCUGACCAGUUUCUCCGUAACACUUUUGAUGUCAUACACUGACCUUUUUGGGUCUCCAUUAAGAGUAGCUGUUGUGGUUUUCUAACAGUGGCUACCGUAUUAUUAUAAUAAUUUUUUUUUAAGUGUGUGUUCUGCAGUUGAACAUUUUAAAAUGUAUUGGUAAUUUCUCACUUUAAUUGUGGUAAUAGAUUCCACUUUACAUUUCAAAAUUAAAUUUAAACGUGAGGCUGCUGUUCAGUCUUCAAUUCACAUAACGUCUUAUUUCCUCAUGCAGUAAGGUGAGUGAAAGCUAGAUAGUUGGCUUAAUUUGAAUCUGAUUUUUGUCAUUUUCUGUAAUAAUGAUGCAUUAUUUAUAUUUCCUUUCCCACUACGAAAGGAAAAACUGUAUUUUCAUGAUGGACUGAACAGUUUGGAGUGGUUUAUUUAGGCAGCUUUUGGGAACUAUUUACCUAAAGACCAAAUAUGAGAAAUCUGUACAAGUUUUGUGUUCAUCCACAAAAUGGAACUGUUACAAUGUCUCUGCAGAUAAUACAUAUUAAAAAACUAUGAAAAAAAAAAAA